AUGGCACCACUAAUAAAUCAGAAACUUGGAAAAGGAACCAUGACAUGUGGCCAAACAAUAUACACCCAAGCUGAAAAACCAACAAAUUUGAAAAUCUUGGGUGGGCAAUCUGCAGACAUUACAGAGUUCCCAUGGCAGGUGAAUAUUUUUGAUCAAGGGAAACAUCUCUGUGGAGGAUCAAUUCUCAGUGAGUGGUGGAUUCUGUCUGCAUCCCAUUGCUUUAUAAAAAGAAAUAUAUCUACCUUGGAGAUCAUACACGAUAACAGAAAUUAUAUCACCAUGAACAUGACAAGGAUGAAAGUGGACAAGCUAAUUAUUCACCCCUACUUUGACAGCUGGAUCUUGGAUAAUGACAUCGCUUUGCUCUUGCUCCAAUCCCCAUUUCACUUGAGUGUCACCAAAGUCCCCAUCUGCCUUUCAGAGGUCACUGACAUACAUGGAUGGAGAAAUUGCCAGGUGUCUGGAUGGGGCCUUACCAGUGAAGCAGAAAAAAAUGUAUUCCAGUCAGUGCUACAGAAAAUCAACAUCCAGCUGUUCAAAUGGAGAAAGUGCUCCCAUAUCAUGCCUCUUGUCACCAGGAACAUGCUGUGUGCUGGGACCCUUCAUGGUGAGCAGGAUGCCUGCCAGGGUGACAGUGGGGGACCUCUGGUUUGCCAGAAAAAGGACAAGAACACAUGGUUCCAGCUGGGCAUUGUCAGCUGGGGAGUGGGCUGUGGCCGGAGGAAUAUACCUGGAGUAUACACGAAGGUGGCUAAUUACCUUUUAUGGAUUAAUGUGGAGACCAACCUGUCAGGAAGGCCCUACAUGCAUGAACCAGACUCUGGGUUCAGUUUGCUUCUAUCACCAUUGCUCAUCUUGUUACUCUUUUUUGUGAUGCUUCUAUUAACCCUGUGACUAAAUACUGUAUUACCUCAAAACCAAGUGUCCUUCUCAAUUUGUGGAGUAAGGACAAGGGCGCGGUGAAGGCUGUGAGGAGGAGGGAUUCUCAUA